CAAGCAAAAUACUCAGUUUGAAAUUGACACUCUCGCAGAUAUAAGAAACUUAGAUGUCUGAUUCGUCGCUUUCAAGAUUUGUGCAAACGCACAAGGUUGCACUGGCUGUGACGGCCAUUGUAGGUGCCGGAUCGGUGGCUGGAUUGCUGUACUAUAUGAACCAACAGAGUGCAGGUUUGGAUGAUUCCUCGAAAUCGAAGAAGAAAAACAAGAACAAGAAAAAGAAGAAGUCGGAGAAAAAGUCUGCCACAGUCACUGCUAACUGGCCUUCUUCUAAUAUUCCAAUCAAUGAAAGCACCGGUCUACCAAAUGUGACUGAAGACCUGGUCAAGGGUAUGACCAAGGAGGAACGAAACAAGUGGGCAUUGGCAUUGAAAGAGACUGGAAACCAGUACUACAAGGCAGAGGAUUUCAAGCCAGCAAUUGAAUGUUACAGUUUGGCCUUGCUCUGCAAAACUGAUCCUGUGUUCUAUGCCAACAGAGCUGCUUGUUACGCUGCCCAAGGCGAGCAUGAGAAAUGUAUUGAUGACUGUACCGAAGCCUUAAAAUUGAAUCCAGGCUACUCCAAGUGCUUACUCAGAAGAGCACAUGCUUAUGAAAGCAUCGAAAAGUACGAAGAAGCCAUCUAUGAUCUUACAGCUUUGACCAUUUACGGUGGUUUGAACGAUCAAUCUCCGGAAACAUUUCUGGAAAGAAAUUUGAAGAAGUUGGCCAACAAGAUUAACGAGGAGCGUUUCUCCACUCUUCCAAAAGAACUGCCAUCUUCUUCUUCUAUCUCUUCCUUCUUUGGUGCUUUUGCUAAAGAAAACAUUGACCUGGAUGAAUCCAAGUACCCGGAUCAGUCUUGUUCCCAGUUUUUGGUCAAGGGUUUGAAUGAGAUGGCCAAGGAUACCUACGACAAUUACGUCAAUGCAGAUGUCCUGUUCCAUCAAGCGGUUACCAGCUACGAAAAAGAUAGUUCCAACACGGACGUUAAGCAUGCUGCCCUCGCCUAUGAGUAUAAGGGAACAUUCGAUUUCCUCAAAGGUGAAUCUGAAUCUGCGGUUUCCAAUUUCAACAAGGCUCUCAGCUUAGCUCCGAGAUGCAGAACACACGUUCUUUUGGGUCUUGUGAACGCUGACAAGGGCGACUUUGCUUCUGCUGAUGAAGAAAUCGGAAAGGCCAUCAAAAUGAAUCCUGAAGAUCCAGAUAUUUAUUAUCACUACGGACAAUUGUUUUACCUGAUGGGAGAUUUGGACAAGGCCAAGGAUAACUUUGAGAAAUCCAAGCUUUACAAUCCUGAAAAUGUAUUCGGUCACAUUCAGCUGGCCUGUAUUGCCUACAGAAAAGGUGAAUCUGCUACCUGUGAUGAACUAUUCAGGGAGGCCAAGAGAAAGUUCCCAACUUCUCCAGAGGUUCCAAACUAUUAUGGAGAGAUCUUGUUCGAUAGACAGGAUUACACAGCUGCAGCAAAGCAGUUUGAUACCGCUGCCAGAUUGCAGGAGGUUCUGCCAACUUUCAAUAUUGGUGCUUUGCCUCUCAUAAAUAAGUCGGCUAUUUUCCAGGUCAACAAAGACAUCGCCGGAUGCGAACAGUUGUUGAAGACCGCAUGCGAGCUGGAUCCUAAGUCUGAAGUUGCCAGAAUCAAUCUAGGACAGAUUUAUCUCCAGGCGCAAAAAGUCAAGGAUGCCAUUGAACUAUUUGAAGAGGCAUGUCGAUUGUCCAGGUCCAAUGACGACAGAGUUCAAGCAAUCUCUCUUAUGGAGGCCUCCAAGAUCCAGUUGAAAAUAAAGGAAGAUCCCAUCUUGAGUGCUAAGGUUGAGGAGAUCUUGAGACGUGCAGGAAUAGAAAGAAAUGCCUAAUGUAUAUAUUUGAGGAGUGCAAGCCAUAUAAUGAUGCUGUGAUGUACUUGAAGAUGUCUGUAAACUGUUGUCUUGAUAAAAUAAAUAUAUAGUCAACUACUUAGUUCUGAUAUGCUUCAAAGGUCCGGAAGAAUGAAAGAAGUUUGCUGCGUAUUCUUUCUUCUUGAACUUCCUUUUCUUCGGCUCUUGGAUGAAAUAAUCCCAUCCCUGUUCAUUAGCAAAAGUAAUAGCACUUUCCUUAGUCUCGAAAGAAAGUCUGGUGCCUUGCAUAUAGUCGCUUGAAGACUGAUACCCAAUCAGAUCAUUCUCCCACCUGUUUCCUCUAGGAAGCACAUCCCAGUCAAUUUUCCAGUAUUUUGCGUUGUUGGCAGACGAUUGCGUGGCCGCUUUCGCUUCCUUAUAGAUACGAACCAUUCUGUUAGCGGCAAGCUCCGCUGGAGCUCCGCUAAUGAUCUGCUUUUGAUUCGUAGAUUCUUGCAAAAUCUGGUUUACAGAGGAGACUGUUUUUUCAUUGCGCAAAACACGCAAUGCAUGGAACAAACGAGACCCUCUGAUCAUUGGA